GAUACGAACGAUGAAAAACAGAAAAAUAUCAAGCAACUAAAUAAAUAGCUAAUUCUAAUUAUGAAUAAAAUUCAUUGUUCCAAACCGAUUUGAUCGAAUCACUACUCAACCUCUGCCCAUCUCGUAAAAGUCAUCGUAUCAAUCAAAAUGUCUUCGCAAACGAACGGCGAUUCUGCUACCGCGAACCCCAAAGAGCAUCCAUCUGUGUUGAUACCCGAGCUUUGCAAACUGUUCUAUGGACUCGGUUGGGUGACCGGUACCGGCGGUGGAAUCAGCAUAAAACAAGGAGAUGAAAUAUACAUCGCUCCUUCCGGUGUUCAAAAAGAGAGAAUGACUGACGAUGAUUUAUUCAUCCAAGAUAUCAACGGUACCGAUAUUAGGACUCCGCCAGCUGCCAAGAAACUGAAAAAGAGUCAAUGUACGCCUUUAUUCAUGUGUGCUUACAAAGCUCGUAACGCUGGAGCUGUCAUCCAUACCCAUUCCAAAACAGCUGUAUUAGUUACCUUGCUAUACCCUGGCAAAGAAUUUAGACUUUCACAUUUCGAAAUGAUCAAGGGUAUAAGAAACCAACACCUAAACCGAUACUACAAUUACGACGAAGAAAUCGUUAUACCAAUCAUCGAAAACACCUGUAACGAAUGUGAUCUAGAACAAAGUAUGGCAGAAGCUAUCGAAAAAUACCCUCAAACCAGCGCUGUACUGGUUCGUCGUCACGGUAUUUACAUUUGGGGCGAUACUUGGCAGCAAGCUAAAACACAAACCGAAUGUUACGAUUACUUAUUCGAUAUCGUUGUACAAAUGAAACAACUUGGAUUGGAUCCGAAAAACGUUUAAAAUAAAUAUACCUUAUAAAUAGUACAUUGGAAAGAAAAAGAUUUUAAAUAAAUUACAAUAUGGUAACUAUAUAAAGGUAAUAAUAUACGUAAAACUAUACAUAAUUCAACGGA